CAAGACAAUCUUCAAAUGACGCUAAAAUCCAAUAAAAACGAACCUGCUGUCAUACUGGAGCCCGUGGACUCUGUCCGGACAGCCCUCUCUGACCUCUACCUGGAGCACCUUCUUCAAAACAAACCAAAGCCUGACAAGGUAGCUAUGCAAACCUUUGAGAAUAAAGGAGCUGAGGUUUAUACCAAUGGAAGUGCCAGACAUGCGAACGGCACCGAGUUGACCAAAAUGAGAGAAGUCAUGUUUGAAAAAAAUCCCUCGGAGCCGAUGGGGGUGACUCUAAAAAUGAACGACAAGCAAAGGUGCACAGUGGCCAGAAUAUUACAUGGUGGAUUUAUACACCGACAAGGAUCCUUGCAUGAAGGGGAUGAGAUAGCAGAAAUCAAUGGGAAAAGUGUGACUAACCACACAGUCGAUCAGCUACAAAAGAUUUUGAAAGAAACCAACGGAAUAGUCACAAUGAAGAUUGUUUCUAAUCAGAAGAGUCGAUCCAAACCAUGUGAGACGUACAUGAGGGCCCAGUUUAACUACGACCCCUCCAUAGAUGAGCUCAUCCCGUGCAAAGAGGCUGGCCUACGUUUUCAAACUGGUGACGUCAUUCAAAUCAUCAACAAGCAGGAUCCCAACUGGUGGCAGGGCACGGUAGAGAGCAGUGCAGCAGACUUUGCUGGACUAAUACCGUCGCCAGAGCUCCAAGAAUGGAGAGUGGCAAGUAAAAGCAACACCAAAGACGGCAGCCAGUCCUGGAGCCCAUUCGGAAAGAAAAAGAAGUGCAAAGACAAGUACCUGGCUAAGCACAGCUCAAUUUUUGACCAGCUAGAUGUCAUUUCUUAUGAGGAAGUUGUCCGGCUGCCUGCUUUCAAACGGAAAACAUUGGUGCUCAUUGGUGCACAUGGGGUAGGGAGGAGUCACAUCAAAAAUUCCUUGCUGACCAAAUAUCCUGACAAAUUUUCUUAUCCUGUACCACACACCACCAGAGCACAACGUAAGGACGAGGACGAUGGACAAGAAUAUUAUUUCAUUUCCAACGACGCCAUGACCAAGUGCAUCUCAGAAAAUGAGCUGCUAGAGUACGGCAGCUUCCAGGGAAAUAUGUUUGGUACCAAAAUUGAGACCAUUCAAAAGAUCCAUGAGCAAGGAAAAAUUGCGCUGCUGGAUGUAGAACCACAGACGUUGAAGGUUUUAAGGACUGCUGACUUUGCUCCUCUGGUGGUAUUCAUCGCACCCACCGACACAGCUCCUCAGACGGAAAACCUGACGAUGAUCCAGAAGGAGUCCGAGGCCAUACUAACGGCCUACAGACACUUCUUUGACUUGAUCAUAGUCAACAAUGAUGUGGAUGCAAGUGUGAAAUGUGUUGAAGAGGCCUUGGAGAAGGCCACCUCCACUCCACAGUGGGUGCCUGUCUCGUGGGUGUACUGA